GCCAUAGAAGUGGUAUAUGUUUUUUCUUCUCUCACUACAACACCACAUCUCUUUCGUCCAUCAUGCGCCUUCCAGUUCCCACCACUGUCGCUGCUGCGGGCUUCCUCGUUGCCUCACGAUCAGGUUCCUGGAACCACGCAAUAAACGCCCUGCCGUCGCCAACCGCUACCGCCACUGUAGUGGCUCGUAAAGACGACACAAAGCCGCCAUCCUUCGUUACCUCGAUCACGUUCCUUACCUCGAUAGCUUUCAUAACUGCCGAACCGUCUAGUACGGUUAUUAUGCCAUCGCGUAGUCCAGAUACCUCAGCGCCGCCACCGCCUCCACCAGCCCCGUCAACUACAGUAGAGCCAUCAAUUACGGUGGAAACGCCGACAAGUAGCGAACGACCGCCUACGACGACCAGCGCUACUGCUACCACUUCUCUAACUCCGUCUGAAACUUGGAAAACAUCCACGGAAACACCCGCAGCAUCUCCCACCGCAUCUCCACCACAGACCUCUCACCCAGAUGUCGAUCCCGGCCCCUGGCUAAGCAAAGGUAAAAUCGCAGGUAUAGCCGUGGGCUCCGUAUUCGGCUUGAUCCUCCUCGGCUUGACAAUCUACGCAAUUUUCGCUGCAUACCGCGGUAUCAACGUCUGCGAUUGCUUUGGUGGCUGUUUCGGCAAACGCGACAACGAUGAUGACGCAGAAAAGGGUUCACCUCGCUUACCUUCGCGUUCAGAGGACACGUAUCCGCAUCCAGAUGUUCUUCAGCCCGCUAGUGGUUAUAGAGCUUAUCGUCCUGCGCGGCCGGCGAGUUAUGAGCCACAGCAGCAGCAGCAGCAGCAGCAGGGUCCGCUUCCGGUUCCGGUACAGGACAGGACAACGAGGAGAUUGCAGAGGGGGUACCGCGGUGUUUAGAGC